AAACACCUCCCCCGCUCUCUAUGGUUACGUUCCGCCCGCUCCGUCCCCCGACAAACCUAGACUCUGUGGUACCCGGCGGCUUUCAUCCCCGCCCUAUGGAAUUCCUGCGGCGCCUGGUGCUGGGGAGCCUGGUGGUGGCCGGGACCACAGGAGUGGGGGUCGGAAUCUUGGCGCUGAUAGCGCCGCGGGAGCAGCGCAGGCUGGAGGAGCUGCAGGAGACAACCCCACUACACUGGGCAAAGAGGCGACACCAGAAUGAACUGGUAAUGGCAGCAAUCAAAGAGGCAGCUGAAACAGAUGAGAACGUGGCCCGGAGGCCGACACCCUGGAGCAAGUGACACCUGACCAUUCCUCUCCCAAAUGGGAACCAAGGCAACAACUGGUACUGAGAACCUGCCAGAGGUGGGAACAGACUGCAUUCUUCAUUGCUGCAGCCACUCGUGGUCUCCUACAGGCCAGAAUGGGAUGGAUACUCCUUGGUUGUCAGUGAUCCUCAUGUUGGAAGGGUCUGUCUUAUUUCCAGCCCCUGAUUGCACCCAUUGAGCAUGAGGAUAAUGCAGAUCUGAUAGAGCAAAGACUAUUAUUGCAUGAGGUAAAUAAGCAUUUUCAGGUUUUUAAUAAACUAAUCUGGUAACCCUGAAAAA